GUUAAACGUCAUCAUUGAUGAUCGCUUAAUUCCUCUUUCUUUGUUACCCCCUCGCCUGUAUAUGUGUUGUUGUUAUUGUUUACUCACUGUAAGGUUGUAUGUGUUUGUUGCAUUUGUAGAUUAUUCGUAAUCUAGGUGUUACCAGAUCGUCUAGAAACUUCGGUAGCGACAGGCGAGGCUCAUAUAAAUAGGGGAAAUGGAAAGGCAGUCAGUCAGUUGCGAAUCAGAUCGCGAAUUGAGACCGUCGAGUAAAGUGCAAAGUAAAGUUGUGUGAAUAAAAUCAUUGUAAUAAUCGUAAUCCGGAAGAACCCGCGUUUUAUUUGGUACGAGCUGUAUUGGGAAAUAAAACAACGUCUACACGGGAUUAGGUAAAAUCCAAGAACGUAACAAUUGGUGACAGAAGUGGGAUUACGAUAAUACUACGAUGAAGUUUAAGGAUCUACGAGUGGAAGACUUGAAGAAGGAACUUAAUAAAUUGGAAUUGUCCUCUACUGGCAACAAGGCUGAACUACAAAAACGUCUGUUGGAUGAGUUCGAGCGCCGUGGUAUGAACAUCGAUACAUAUGAGUUUGACAGUAAGGAUGAAGUGGAUUUAUCGGAAAUGGGCGAAUCCAACGGUGAGGAAGUCUCGUCAGUAGCUGCCAGGAGUGACGAUUUCAGAGAAAUGCUGGCCAAAAUGUUUGAGGAAAAUUUCAGAAGGUUCGAAGAGAAUUCCAGGAAAAUGAACGAGAAACUCGAGAACAUUACAGAAGUUAUUGGAAGGAGAGUGGAAACCGUGGAGGUCCAAAUUAAAGAGUUGGAUAAGAAAGUGCAGUCGGUUGACGAGAAAUUUCUGGCCCACGACCACAGGUUUACGAAUCUGGAGAAGAAAAUUUCGGAACUGGAAAUUAAAAGUGGUCCGGUGCGAGCUCCUGAUAACACACUAAAAAUCAAACCUCCUGUAUUCGACGGCUCUACGUCAUUCAAUGUUUUCAAGUUACAGUUCGAGACAGUGGCUUCUAGAAAUUCGUGGAACGACAGCGACAAAGCGGUUGCACUACUUCUGGCAUUGAAGGGCAGUGCUGCUGAUGUCAUACAGAGUAUUCCUAUUUUAGCUGCUUUCACGGGCAACAUAUCUGCUGUGAAACAUCUCAAUUUACGUUUUUUACUUAAACCAAGCGACUGA